AUGUACUCCCGUCAUAGCAUCAGCGACGCGUAUGGCGCUGUUGCUAUGCCAUCUGAAGAUGCGCUAACCGUUAGCUCUUCCCAAAAUUCCCAAAUUGAUGCGUUCGCCGCGUCGGUGGACAGAGAACGAGACUCAUUGCGCAGUUCGGGCAGUGGCAAUAUAUUCAAGGAUAAUGGGUCAAUCAAACGCCGCCAAGCCAUUCCCUAUGUGACCCAUUACUCGGACUCCGGUUUCGGUUCUGCACCAUCCGCAGGUUCCAGUUGCUCUUACCUACCGCCACCACCACCGUACCGUAUGCGGGGUAGUGGAGGGUUUACUAGUAAACCACAACACAAAAUUCAUCGGAGUCUGAGUGAUUCCAAGUACACGGCUAGUCUGAUGACUGCGGUCCCACAAAUACCGUUGUUGUCAAUGACACCGUUGAAUCAGCUCCCAUCAAGAGACACUCGUGGAGCGAGUUGGAUCAGUUUGAGCCCAUCGCCUUCGAUGUCGACCGUCUCGUGCCCAGAGUACCCCGAGUUGCAGGAUAAACUGCACCGAUUGGCAAUGGCUCGAGACAGUUUACAGUUACAGGUAUCAGUGUUAAGUGAACAAGUUGGCGCGCAGAAAGAGAAAAUCAAAGAUUUGGAAACGGUUUUGGCGUUGAAACGUAACAAUCUGACAUCAACAGAAGAGCUUUUGCAAGAUAAGUACCAUCGCAUCGAUGAGUGCCAAGAGCUCGAGUCAAAAAAGAUGGACCUUUUGGCGGAGGUGUCCUCCCUCAAACUCCGUUACGCCACUUUGGAGCGUGAGAAAAACGAAACCGAGAAGAAGCUGCGUCUCUCACAGAACGAGAUGGACCAUGUUAACCAAUCCAUGCAUGGUAUGGUGGUCCAGCAACAACUCCAGCACCAUACCAACGGAAAUGGCUCCGGAGGUUACAUGUCACCACUCCGAGAACACCGGAGUGAGAAGCAAGAUGAGGAGAUGGUACAACUCCGGACAGCGGUGCAACGGCUAAUGGCUGAUAAUGAGCAUAAAUCCCUGCAGAUUAAUAAUUUGAGAAAUGCGUUGGAUGAGCAAAUGAGGUCGAGGUCCCAACAAGAAGAUUUCUACGCGGCUCAACGAAACUACACCGACAACUUUGAUGUCAACGCUCAAAUCCGUCGAAUUCUGAUGGAUGAGCCAUCUGACUCAAUGUCUCAUUCCACAUCAUUCCCUGUCAGCUUGAGCUCCACCGCUAGCAAUGGAAAAGGUCCACGGUCCACCGUUCAGUCGUCUUCAUCAUACAACUCCUCUCUCUCCGCAGUUUCUCCACAUCAUAAUUGGUCGUCAGCUGGUGCUGGAACACCACGUCAUUUGCAUCCAAUUGGUAGUAAUCAACGGGUCAAUAAUAUUAAUGCUGCACAAUAUCGUUCUCCAUCGUCCCCCGCUGCUCGUCAGCUAGCCGCUGAACUCGAUGAGCUACGAAGGAUUGGAAAUGAAGUCGCUGCUCAUAACAACUACUCCUCUGCCAGCUUACCAAGAGGUGUUGGAAAGGCAUCAUCUACACUCACACUACCAGCCAAGAAGCUCUCAGUCGCAUCAGGAACAUCUGCUGGUGAGUUGGGCGGUUCGAUGAGCAGUGUUGCUCAUCCGACACCCAAACUUGAAUCUGAUGAUGAGAUUGCACGUGGUCGUGGUCUAAACACCGCCACCUCUCAAUCCAACCUCAAGAACUUCUCCCGGGAGCGUACUCGCUCUUCUCUCCGCAACAUCUUCAGCAAGCUGACCCGGUCGACAUCCCAAGACCAAAGCAACUCGUUCCGUCGUGGAAGUGCAGCUCGUUCAACGUCAACCGCCCGUCUCGGCUCAACCACUCACCUUGGCACUGUGCCAAAGCGUCCGCCACUCUCACAGUUUGUGGAUUGGAGGUCUGAACAACUUUGCAACUGGAUUGCUGAAAUUGGAUAUCCCCAAUACGCCCAUGAUGUGUCAAGACAUGUCAGAAGUGGUCGUCACUUUUUGAACAUGAGCAUGCACGAGUACGAGGGACUGCUAAACAUCAAAAAUCCGGUUCAUAGAAAACGAGUGGCACUUUUACUUCGAAGAAUUGAAGAGGACAUCGUGGAACCUGCCAACAAGUGGGAUGUUCAUCAAACAUUACGGUGGUUAGAGGAUAUUGGAUUGCCUCAAUACAAGGAGAUAUUCGAGGAGAAUGUGGUGGAUGGUCCGUUGUUACUAGCACUCACAGCUGCUGAUGCAGUUGAGAUGAAAGUGGUGAACGCCCAUCAUUAUGCCACUUUGGCAAGAAGUAUCCAGUUCUUGAAGAAAACUGACUUCCGGUUUGAUGCAAUGGAGAAGAAAAUCGAUCAAAAUAUCGCUGACAAGUAUCCAUGCCCAGAUGUUGUAGUUCGGUGGAGUCAUGCUGCGACCUGUGAGUGGUUGAGGAAAAUUGAUUUGGCUGAGUUCACACCAAAUCUUCUUUGUGCAGGAGUACCCGGUGCUUUGAUGAUCUACGAACCAUCGUUCACCGCCGAAUCUCUGUGCGAAAUCCUCCAAAUGCCACCGCACAAGACACUACUCCGACGUCAUCUUUCCUCUCACUUCAACCAGCUACUUGGCCAGAAGAUCAUCGCCGAUAAGAGAGACUUCUUGACUGCCGGAAAUUAUCCGCAGAUCUCCCAAACAGGAAGGGUGAAGAUUGUGCGAAAGGGAUUCUCACUGACUCGAAAGAAGGCAAAGAAUGAGAUUUGCUUGGAGCCAGAAGAGCUAUUGUGCCCACAAGUGUUGACUCACAAGUACCCAACCUUGGCCGGCGACAACAGUUCCUUGGAAUCGUCAAACGUGUAG